AUCUGGGAUCACUGCUUGGCAGUUCCCGCACUGGCCGCACUUCCCGCUGGUUCCCGCCAAGCAGCUGAUCUCUGAAACCGGUUGUUCGAGCUGCGACAAGAGCCCUGUGUGAUGUGCACGUGAUUGCUUGCUUUUCGGAAAGUUAACUGAACUCCCUUCGUACGACAUUUGCGUUGUGAUAUCGGAGUUUACGAGUAAAGCGACGCGAGUCCUUUGGCAGCCGUUCUAGUUCCCCUAACCUUUCUGAAUUUUGUGGCUCAGGAUGAAACCGAUUACCGACGCCGCAACGACUACCGCUUCAGAGGAUAAGGUUCGAAAAUGUUUGCACGAACUGCAGCCCUCCGCUACCGAUAAGGAAACAUUAGUAGGCGCGGACAGAAUGAUCGCGUCUACUCAACAAACAAAAGAGGAAAAAUCUAAAAAAAAUAUACCUACAAAAAUGAAAAAGGUUUCUAAAAAGCGAAAGAAGGUGACGAAUGACAAAGCUGUCCAAACUGGACCCGAGGAAGAUGUAGAAAUUAGACCUGAGGAUUUAACAUGCACAGAUUUAACUGACAUUAGCGAGAAUUACUGGCGGAUCCUGGCUGAAAGGAGGCGCGUUGCCCUUAGUAAUGUUCUAGAAAAAAACAAGCAACUCUCAGAGCAUAUCCAAAAAUUAGAAGAAGAAAAGCAGAUUUACAGAGAAAUGCUGAAUGAGACAAGGGCACUUGUUGAAGUGCUGCAGGAAAUGAUUGCAGGAGAUGACGACAGAAACAAUUUAAAUAAUUCCUUCGAAGAUACUAAGUCUCUUUAACAUUUUUUACUCUUUAACAUUUCUUACUCUUAAACAUUUUUUUAUGACUUGAAAUCACUCUUUCAUUUAAACAAUUGCAUGCAUCGUAGUACUCAUUAGGUCUAUGGACAAGUAUAUUAUCGCGCAAAAAGGAAAUCCAGUUAACAAUAGAAUCGUUUGUCACUAUAUAUAAAUAAAAAGAAACGUAUAAUGA